AUGGGCGACCUGGAGCCCGGUGGCCUCGGCCGGUAUAUGGAGCACAAGUCCAUGGUAACGGCCAUGGACAAGUUUGUCAUGAGCGACAUCAACACAGGCCCGUUCGAGCUCUGCAAGUUCAUGCACAUGGCACCUAUCAUCCAAAGCUUCCAGGCUUACGCCGCCAUCGCCUUGUUCUACCAGACGGAAGAGUUUCUUGCUUCCGAGCACGGCCUACCAUUCUGGUCUUCCCUGCUGUUUGACCAAGAAGAAAGAGCUAAGCGAACCCCUGAUCGAAGAAGCCAUGUCAGCAACCCAUAUAUGCCAGCAGAGUUGUGGAAAGAUCGAGACGAGCUCCUGAGACGCAAUCAGCGAAGCAAGCUUGAUCCUGUCUACGAUAUUUACCCGAUAGAAUGGCGUAAAAGGAUACGUACCGUGGUUAUCUCCUUGUACAAAGCCGGCAUCAUACAAAGUGCUUACACACCCCAAAUUAAAGGUGUUGCAACUGCCGCCGCCGAACCCAACCGCGCGCUGGAUUUCUACCUUGAUUUCCGAGCCCAAUCCAGACCUAAAUUCAAGGCCGUCUUGGCGGAUCCUACACCCUUGAAUCGCGACUACAUAGUCAAGGCGGCAAACAAGUUCGCGGCUCAGCAUGGCUCUGCCAUGUUUUCGGCGCUGCGAAUGUGGUCUGCUCCGCACUUUUACCCCAUGGAAGCUAGUGGAAAUGAGACAUUCGCAGACGAUAGCGGCAGGUACUGGGAUUGGAGAUACAUGCCCAAGGACUCGUCACUCAGUGAGUGGAACACGCACAAGAUCGUGAGCGAUAUAAUGGACAAAUACAGACCGAUAUGGAGCGACCAGGUGAGAGUUGCCAGGGAUCUGAUCCUGGUCAUUGGCAAGGACGCAGACGAGUGUCGGAGGCUCAGUGAAGGGGUGACGUGGGCUACGCAGACGCGCAAGAUGUAUGAGAUGGACUUUUGGCGAAGCUUUGUAAACGUAGACGCCGGCUUCCUGGAAAGGUUGCAUCCUGUAUGGCUUUCGUAG